GUCCGCGGAUCCACAUCCGUCGGCGGUGGCCAAAUGUUUCCAAUGUGAACUAUAUUGUUGUAAUGCGUACGUUGAUUCGCAGGUGUUUAAUGAUGGGAGCCGAAUCUCAAUACAGCGACACCAUAAGAUCGUCCAAGAAAUGCGGCAAGUUGAGGCCGUUGAAGAUAACCGCAGUUGGCGACGGAAUGGUUGGAAAAACUUGCAUGCUCAUUACCUACACGACCAAGCAGUUUCCUACCGAAUACGUGCCUACCGUAUUUGUAGGUACCAAAACAGAUUUAAGACUGAGUCAAAACGACUGUAUAACUCGGAAAAAGGGCAAGAAAAUGAUGAAAAAGAUCGGAGCCGUCAAGUACCUAGAGUGUUCAGCUCUCACCAACGAAGGGCUGGACACCAUAUUCACGGAAUCGGUCCGCGCGGCCAUCGAAAGGCCAAGAACAAACUGUUUCGCGUUYCCGUUCUUCCAGUGCUGUAAAUAGUACGCACUCCUAAAUCGUCGUCAUCAUCAUCAUCAUCAUCAUGUACCCGUGAGUUCUCGUCCCACCCUUAUAUCAGCCAUCAAUAAGUUUUAGCUCAUCUACAGAGUGUGUAACACGCAUUACACAUACACAAUAUUAUAAUGUAAUAGUUAUUAAAUACGGUGUUUCAUUUAUUAAAACUCACUUUUGGAACGCAAAGUAUGUGCCAUAGAUUGUGAAUCGCCUGUAAAUAGCAAAUUAUAAUAUAAAAUAAAUUAACGUAA